GCUAAUUUCAUUUUUGAACACAACAAAAUCACCCUAUGCCCACCCGCCUACUCGAACGCACAAUCUCCUUCGGUCUCACUUCCCAUCUUCAUCCAAAAAGAAAACCUCGACAGAGACAGUUAGAUCCUCAAAACCACAUUCGAAGUUGGAGACUCUUUUCACACAUUCACGUACUCAACAACAAAUCAUAAAUGGGCGAGCAAGAGAACUGCCUGGGGAGCACUCCCGGACGGCCAUCAAAGAAACGGCCCAUGAUGACGGCUGCUACCACUACUACUACCAAUAUUGAGUCUCUGCAAGGACGGCAACAACUUUCAGUAACCACCAAGAAGAGGGUCGUCUUGGGUGAGCUCACCAACAUCCCCAAGAUUGUCGAGUUGAGCAGUAUUCCAAAGCCUGUCCACCCGAAACCAAAAUCCAGUACCAGUAGAGAAAAAGAGGAGGUAGUGAAAUCAGAUGCUCAUGUUGAUCGUUGCCCUGAUGUUUCCCGCAAAUAUGCCGAUGCCCCUCUCAUUUAUCAGCAUCUUCGCUCACUGGAGGUGGAAGGAAACAGAAGGCCGUUGCACAAUUACAUGGAGAAGGUUCAGAAAGACAUAACACCAACUAUGCGAGAAAUUCUAGUUGAUUGGCUGGUGGAGGUUGUUGAUGAAUACAAACUUGUCUCUGAUACUCUUUAUCUGACUGUGAACUACAUAGAUAGAUUCCUAUCCUCACAUGCUUUGUCGAGGACGAAACUUCAACUCCUUGGUGUAUCCAGCAUGCUUGUAGCUGCGUAUGCUCAUCUGAACCUUAUUAGUUCCUUCUUCCUCCCACCCCACUGUCUUGGUCAGUCUUUGCCUUUGCCUUGGUUAAUCUCUUUUGUCUGCUCUAACUGCAGAAAGUUUGAAGAAAUUACUCCUCCACAUAUUGAAGAUUGUUGCUACAUAACAGAUAAUACGUACACCAGAGAAGAGGUUGUAGCUAUGGAGAGCAAUAUACUAAUGUUUUUAAAUUUCAAUACAUCUAAUCCAACAGCAAAGAGUUUUCUCAGAACGUUCACCAAGGCUGCACAAGAAAUCUCAACGUUUUCCAACUUGCAAUUUGAGUUCUUGGCUUGUUACCUGGCGGAGCUAAGCUUGCUAGAUUAUAUCUGUGUGAGGUUCUUGCCAUCAAUGAUUGCUGCUUCAGCAAUUUUUCUUGCUAGAUUUACAAUGCUACCAAGCAUUCAUCCCUGGAGUUUGGCAUUGCAGAGAUAUACAGGUUACAAAGCAUCUGAUUUAAAGGAGUGUAUCCUUGCCAUUAAUGAUCUACAGCUUAAUAGAAGACCGACCUCUGCACAAGCAUUAAGAGAAAAAUACAUGCAAAACAAGUUCAAACGUGUUGCAGCAUUGUGUCCACCCUCAGAGAUUCCCAGUCAUUAUUUUGAGGUGGUGACUGGAAAGCAUUCUUCAGAAGCUCAAGAAGCCCCACUUUGAGUGUGCAUAAAGAUCUUAAUUCUGACGGAUAACCACCAUAUGUCUUGAUCUGUCUUGGGAAGAUUAAUCUAUAAGGUGGCUCGUGGACGAGUUCAUCAAGUGGGUGUCAAGGUUUGAUGCUUUGCAUCUCCAGAAGACAGAAAUGGAUGCUGACCUGAGAGUUUUAUCCUCUGGAUUUGAUAAAGAGACUACAAUAAAUUUUUUUCCCCAACCUUGAAUAAGAAAAUGUUAAGUACUUAUGUUAUUCUAAAGUCCAAUGUUUGUGCAUCUGCAUAUAGUAAA